UGCUAUCUUAAUUAUAUAAUUAUUUUAAUAUUUAUGUUUACUUGUAUUUUCAACUGUAAUUAAAUUUCCAAAUAACCUGAACUUAUGUGCUUCCUCCCGAAGCCUUUAUGAUGAACACAACUUCUUAGUAGACGUCCUGAACACUGUCAAAAAUGAAUCCAUUUUUUGGAAGGUCUUCAGGAUUGAUGUUAGCUCUAACAUUGGGAGUAUGUUCUUCUUUCUAUAUUAUGCAGCCUGCUUUGAAACAGCAAAGGUAAACUAAACUGAGUAUUCACUUGAUUAUUAAUAAAUCGUGUUUCUAGAGACGAAUAUCAAAAUUCGCGAGACUUGACUCAGGCUAACGAGAAAAAAGAAGAAACUUUGCGCGGCUAAUUAUUUAAUUGGAAUACAUGCGAAUGUCGAUUUAUUUUCAAAUACCAUACAUUUAAUUAAUGAUUUAUUUCUGGUUUGCACAUCGGCAAAAGAUAUUAAAUUAAUUAUCUAUAGCAACUGCUGAUGUUUUGUGAAUCGUAUUUAUCGUAGCCGACAUUAACAUUAACUAUCAAACCC